ACAACUAAUAAAAAUACAUAGUUAAAGGGCUCUAUUGUCAAAUUUCACUUUCCAUAUUCUGGUGGUCUUAACUCUUAAACCGCCGUCCCAUUACCACCACUCAAAACCCUAUCCCCGUCAUCAAUCUCCGGCGACCACCGCCAGUUUCCACCGUACAGCCACCGUUACAAUAAUAUUAACAACCGAGACGAAGGUUUCCAUUCGGUCAACUACUUUUUUUCUAGAUCGGAUUUCGUACAGCCAAUGGCGUUAACGAAUUUUAUACUCACCGUUGCCGGAGUUAGCGCGGUGAUUCUACUCAUGCGGAGCGAUGUCAAACAGUCUGCUUCUAUAUUCAAACGUAACGUUCGUCAGAUUCGUCACUGGCUUGAGGAAGAAUCUAAAUCAGCUGCAAAGGAAGUAGAGAAGGCAAAACCCAAGGAGCUUCCAAAGAAAGAUAUUCCCAAGGAUGAUUAAGCUGAGGUUCAUGGCUAGGGUUAGAAUAAAGAAUUUUCAAAUAUAUUUACGUGUACGUAAAAACUCGUAUUUUGGCUUGUUUUUUUAGCACAUACUUGUCUUUUUGGUAGCAAGAACGUAUAAAUGUCUUUUUAUUGUGUUGAUUAUGGUUUCCUUUGGCUCAA